GUUCCCUUCUGAACUUGUGUACGAGGAUGUGGGUUUCAAUUUCUCCAUGUGUGACGUGUUGGUGAGUGUUUGCUUGCCAUAUUGUAACAUAAGAUUUAAGACAGGACUUCAAAAUGACGAGACAGUAAAAAAUCUAUCAUAUUGAUAGCAGAAGUGAUCGGUAAAGCUGCGCCGAUAAAUCAAAAAGUAAGAAAGUAGAACUUCCGGGGAAGGAAAUAAAUCAUGACGAACCGUUAUACACAAACAUGGUCGUGGAUGCCUGUUAUAAAGUUUCCAUGUUUUUGUGACUUUAGGGCUAUAGUAUGUUGUAUAUUUAUCACAAUAAUUGUAUCUAGUCAGCUUGCUUCUGGUGUAUACCUGAACGAAAUCGCCGUCCAUGUACCGGGGGGAAGAUCUGUCGUCGAUCGUAUAGCUGACAGGCACGGGUUCAUCAACCGCGGACAGAUCGGAAACUUAAAGGACCACUAUUUAUUAGAACAUCCUCAUAUACACAAGAGAUCCACUAGUCCCAGUCACGUACACCAUGCACGUUUUUCACAGGAGCCGGAGAUUUUAUGGUUUGAGCAGCAGUUUGUUAAGAAGAGAGUUAAGAGAGACCUAACAUUCACAGAUCCACUCUGGGUUAAACAGUGGUAUUUGUAUGGCGGUGGUCGUCGGGGAAGGAAUGGUCCGGGAGGAUUCGACAUGGGGGUGGCCGGAGCCUGGAAGAUGGGAUACUCAGGAAAGGGUGUGGUCAUCACUAUACUCGAUGACGGGAUUGAACGAGAUCAUCCAGACCUUAUAGGGAACUAUGAUCCAUAUGCCAGUACUGACAUCAACGGCCAUGACUCCGACCCCAUGCCAAGAUACGACUUCAGCAACGAGAACAGGCAUGGAACUCGAUGUGCAGGAGAGGUAGCUGCCAAGGCCAAUAACUCUAACUGUAUUGUUGGUGUAGCAUUCAACUCGGGCAUAGGAGGUGUGCGUAUGUUGGAUGGUAAUGUGUACGACAAAGUUGAGGCCGACUCACUCAGCCACAACCACACUCACGUUGACAUCUACUCGGCCAGCUGGGGGCCGGACGACGAUGGCCGUGUGGUGGAUGGACCAGGACCUCUGGCCAAGAAGUCCUUUGUACAGGGCAUCAAGACCGGUCGAGGCAACAAAGGGAACAUCUUCAUGUGGGCAUCGGGUAACGGUGGGCGAGCAGAAGAUAGCUGUAGUUGUGACGGUUACACUAACAGUAUAUACACCCUGUCCAUCAGUAGUACCUCUCAAAAUGGCGGUAAACCCUGGUACCUAGAGGAGUGCUCCUCCACCCUCGCUACUACCUACAGCAGUGGCGCCCCCGACGAACAUCAGAUCAUAACAACAGAUCUCCGCAAGCGAUGUACAGAGACACACACAGGGACGUCAGCAUCUGCACCACUGGCUGCUGGACUUGUGGCUCUGGCCCUGGAGGCCAAUCCAAGUCUGACAUGGAGAGAUGUACAGUACAUCACACUGUUGUCAGCCAACCCAGAACCAAUGGCAGAUGGACAAUGGCGUGAGAAUGGCAUGGGCAGGAAAGUGAGUCUGAGGUAUGGUUAUGGUCUGAUGAAUGCCACAGGGAUGGUCUACCUUGCCGAGCGAUGGACCACGGUACCAGCACAACAUAUCUGUACCAUCAAUGGGUCCAAACAGAAUGUACCAUUAUACAAAUACACAAUGUUUGAAAACCAAGUGACUACGGAUGGCUGUGCUGCUAAAGCAAAUGAGGUCCGCUACCUGGAGCACGUCCAUGUCAAAAUCACCCUCAAUUACAAACGUCGAGGCGACCUCUCUAUCAACUUAGUCUCUCCAAGUGGGACAAACUCCACCAUUUUACCCAAGAGGAACCGUGACAUGAGUGACGGUGGUUUCAAAGGCUGGGAGUUUCUGUCUGUACAUUUCUGGGAGGAGAACCCAGCAGGGAGCUGGAAAUUGGUGAUAGUGGAUCAAAUAAAUCCAUACGCUGGCAAUGAUCAGCAAGGAACACUUGUGAAUUGGUCGCUAGUGUUGUAUGGAACAAAGGACAAGCCAGUCAAUCUCAAGGAAGCACCCUCAUCAGUCACGCCCACAUACACUUGUCACUCAGAAUGUGUGGAUACAUGUAAGGGACCCAAUCCUGAGGACUGUACUAGCUGUAAACACUACCGGAUCACAGAUGGCCCCUGUGUAGAAAGAUGUCCGACUGCCUACAGAGUGGACCGGGACCUUUGUGUGCCGUGCAGUACUAACUGUCAGUAUUGUGUGACUGUUCCUGGGUCUCGGGAACACUGUCGGCAGUGUAAGGGAGGUUUGUUUUCUAUAGAGAACGAAGGAACUUGUGUCAGCUCCUGUCCGGUCGGCUACUUCAGAGUUGGAACCUCCUCAGUGUGUCGUAAAUGCUCCCAGCAGUGCGAGUCAUGUGAAGGUACCUCCUCCCACUGUCUGAAGUGUGUCGCUGCCAUGGUGCUUAAAAACAACAAAUGUGUGCUGCCACCUACACUCUGUCCUGAAGGUUUGUACAAGAACAGGAUGGGACACUGUCAGUCAUGUGACCCAGGUUGUCGUAUCUGUGACAGUCCAGGGCAAUGUGUCUACUGCAAAAACAACUUCAGCUAUAUCCAGAAUGGUAGGUGUGUCACCUCCUGUGAGAAAGGAUACCUGCCACAUGUGCUGCAGAUUGCGAGCCACCGGGAGUGUCGCAAAUGUAACCAAGGUGUGUGUAACAGCUGUGCCAACGGCUUCAGGAUGUCCAACAGUGUUUGUUUCCAGGAGAGCGCCUGUAGUACCAACAACUUCUAUGACUGGGUUGCUAUGUCCUGUAGAGCCUGCCAUCAGAACUGUAACACCUGUCAUGGACCGGAGGCGACGGACUGUAACUCGUGUCGCAGUCCGCUGAUGUUCCACCCCUACUUACAAGCCUGUCUGUCCUGUUGUGUCGGCUCCAGCCAGGAUACGACCAGCUGUUGUAAAUGUGACAUCAGUAAAGGCAAAUGCAUUGUCGGUGCCUCUAAAAACCAGAAAGGUGAGAAAGGAUUUGGGGAUGCUACAGUCAUACUGACUGUGGUUGUCGUGGUGAUCGCUCUAGUCAUCAUUCUUUUGGCUGCUGUAAUAUUCUUUAUGCUCAGAAACAAUCAGACAACUUUAAAUAAAAUACAGACUGAAAAGCUAUCAUCAGUGAAAUACGAAAGGCUAGCUCAAAAUGACAUUUAACAGUUGAUAUCUUAUUAGAAUUAUAGUUUUUUAUAUCAACUUCACAUGGAUGCUAGAUUCAAAAUGGUGUUUUUAAAAAAUGUCUUUCCUUUGCAUCUUAUUAUUUUAUUAUUUCAAUUUAAAUAUAAAAAUUAUUAUAAGGUAACGUUUCAUGUUUAUAUGUGAAACAGAAAAAGAAAAAAAACAUAAUUUGCUAAUUAUUUUUUUUGUAAAUUGAUAUUUUCUGUACUUGUCUUAGCACAAUUUAUGGUCUAAUAGACCCUAAUGGUUAGAGAAUGUUUUAGAUAUGUGAAAUUAUCUUAAGAUACCAAAGGUAUUUGUUUGCAUGAUUUAAAAGAAAAUAAUUGUGAUAUGUACAAAAGGAAUUAUUAUCAGAACUAUUUGGAAGAAUUAGGGUUUAUUGAUAUGUUACACAGCCUCAGCUGAUGAUUUGUCGUCACGUUUACAUGACCGUGGUGUGCUUGUCCGAGGUUUAGGGUCGUAUUAUACAACUGUGUACUGAUAACAUAGUAUUACCAGUUAUCUCCCCUGUCCAUGUGCUUUUCAAAAUUCCAAUGUUAGUAGUAUAAAAUGAAUCAGCUGGGAAUCUUCAAAUAAUUGAACUUGUUCUUUUUCCCACAGACAUUUAGAUUAUUAAGACAGUAAUAUAUAUUUUUUUUAAAGUUUGGCAUUUUUCAUAAAAUUGACAUUAUUCUGUUACAUGAUAUUAAAUUUAAAUUAUAAAGAAGUGUUGUCAGAUUUUUAUUGUUCUAUGCACUGUAGAAUAGCUGAGUUAAAAUCAAAAUUUACUUGGCUAAUCAACUGCAUGUUCAGAGAGGUCCCGGUCUGUAUCAGAUACACAGUUGUAUGUGGAAAGUUUGGAAUAACCCGUUUAUCACAGGGGCAAGGCAGGAUCUAUGUCUGGGAAGGAUGUGGGAUUACCCGACGGUACUCCUACAACCACGCCAAUAAUUAUCCAUGUGUCUUGUUUCUGUGCUGCUAACAAUCCAUGUAUAACCAACAAAAUUGAGGGAAUAGUAGGAUUUUGAUGGUAUCAUAGAUAUAUUGUAGAUACUGUGAAACCUGCCUCGGCCGCUACCUUAUUAUCAGACACGGAUCUGUUUUCAUUUUUAAUAUGCUUAUUCCUUUGACUAAUGAACCAGUGUUUUACUUGCAAAGGUAUCUUUAAGGCAGAUGUCACUGUGUUUACAAUAGUAUAUUAAUAAUAUAAAUUGUGUGACCAUAUUGAGCCACGAACUUACGUGCCAAUAUUAAGAUUAUUAAACAGUAUUUUUUUUUUGUGCACACACAUGCUUGUCCAUGUGUGUAUUUCCAGGUCAGAAAGAUGAAUGAAAAGUUGUUGUGAUUUUAUGACAUAGCCUUAUGAAUGAAUGCCUAUUAAAACAUUACCUGUAAACAUUACCUGUAAAUACGGACAUUACGAGAGGAUGAACUUCGACACAAAUUGUGUGAUACAUGCCCUGCCUUACGUAGACCACUUGCCCUUUGCCUGACUUCAUCAUGAACUACCUGUACAUAUUUGCUCACACAUCCUCAUAAUUACAUUUCACAUCAAAUAUUAUAUUCCUAUUUGACCAAGUGCAUAUUCCUGCACUCAAAAGAUUCACAAGUUCGGAGCAAGAUCAUCGCCUAUUGAAGAAGAGACUUUCCAUUAAAUAUAAGUUUGUAUACAUAUUUCUUCAUAAUUUUAUUCAAGUUUAUUGUAUGAACAAUUACGUUAUCUAGUCUGUGUGAGAAUAUUGAUCUUCUAGUUGUGAUCAGAGGUAUGGGUACUGUUAUUGUUUGUAUGUUGUGAUCAGAGGUAUGGGUUGACGUACCGACAUAUUGCUAUAAUAAUAUUGUUGAUCUUAUUUUGUCCGUAACAUUAGCUUAUUGACCGUUGUUGAGUGUUCAUGUGUAACACUUAAUUAUUUUCAUGUUUAUUUUUAAUCAUCAUGCUUUAGAAUUGUUUAGGUUUUCACAGCUAGCAUAACACCAAUGUGUGGAGUCCUUGUUAUAGGGGGCCUGCAUGUUUACUGUUUUAUCAUGUUUGAUUUUUUAUGAAGAUUUCAGAAAAUCAAGCUGCGGGCACAGACUAACUGAAGACCAUGCACAGAUGUUUUUUGAGUAUAAUAAAACAGGAUUUUUUGUUUAUUAAGGCACAGAACAAAGUGAAUUCAACGUGAGGUUAGGGAUAUCUUUAAAAAUCUCAGAUACAGCAGAUAAGUAUCGGUUGAAAAAAAUAAUUUAAUGGUAUGUUAUCGGAGAAUAAGCUGAGGAAUGUUAUUUUAUUUAACAAUGAUCAUGAGAUUUUGAUUCCCCUACGUUACUCCGUCGUCUGCUAUUUUUGAUCGUCUGUACAUAAGUCGGUUUUAUCGUCCUGUGAUGUUUGACAUUGUUGUAUUAUUUACGCUGGACACAGGACCUUAUGUACGUAUAUGUGAACUCUGUAGGCCUCUCAUUGCCUGUGGACACUUGUUGACCAGGAUAUGUGACCACCAUCAUUUCCAUGGUCCAUAACAUUUGGAUGUGCCAUACUUAUACACAUAAAACACUUUAUUUUUUGUGCAAAUAUAUGUAGAAUAUUAUCAUUUUCGUAAUUUUCAGGUGAAAUUUUGAUCUUGUACUCAUGUAAAAUUGUAGUACCCAGAGGGACAAGGUACAAUGGAGGGACAGUAAGAUCUUUGUACAAAGUACAUGUUUAAGUAACUCUACGACAGUACUACCGAUAUAUUGUAUGUUGUCAUUCCUAAAACAAUUACACAUUGGUAACUUUCAUUGAACAUUUUUGUUAUAUUGUUCUCCUGAUAAUUAGAUGGUUUUGAUGAGUGCAAGAUUAAAUAAUGAAUGCUUAGUACUUCUAUUAUGAAUUAAUUUAUCAGCUCAUCAACACCCUCCUAGCUACCUACCCCCACAUUAUUUGAGAGAUCUACAGAGUGAUAGUCGGUACAGAUAGAAGUAUUUAUGAUUAUAACAGCUUUUGGUAGCUGUACUACCUAACAGCUUGAUGGUGCCCAGACCUGUGGUGGUGGUGGAUACUGUAAUCAUUUCAUCUCCUUGUCCUUAGUAUUAUCUGCAUGUGGAUGUGCUGUUGAUUUAUUUCUGUAGCAUAUAAGUGUUUCCUCGGUUAUGUAGUUAGUGUUGGACCUGGAGUUGUCAUCGCAGAUUCUGAUGGAUUCCUCCUCAAAAUUUACUUCUGCAGUAGCCUUAGGAAGUUUUGCCUAUUUUUCAAUGUUCAAUAUAACAUUGAAUAGGAUAGCAUGUUGAAGGAGGUUCUGUCAAUGUGAAUUGUCUCAUUGUUCUAACAGAGUGUAUCCAAAUGGAAAUAUUUAAAACUGUUUGACAUCUUUGUAGUAUGAUGUUUUAAUUUUAUAGAUUAACUUGUGUAAUGAUAAACUUUAUUUUAUCAGAGCUUCGGGCCAUGACCUAAUAAAGAGUUUCUGAUUAGACCAGCAUUAUCUGACAUUUUCCUUAAGAACAGUAAGCAUUGAUAAUUUUUAUUUGCAGUCUUGAUCUUGAACGUUGUUCUCCUUGUCAAUUACAGAGCGGAAAAAAUGGCUGGUAAAAUGGCUCAACUCCAAUAGUUGGUGAGCGAAGUACAGAAUCUGAGUUUGUAUAUUUUGUGGGAUCUUUCACCGUAUAUCCAUGCAGUGCAUCAAUAUGUUAUUCAUAGUGGUACAUAAGUAGUAACAUGUCCCAGGUUUGUGAAACCUGAGGUUGGCAUUGACCUCUGACCCUUUCAUUUGAAUAAAAUAAGGUACAAAGGUCUGCUAGUGGCAUGACCUUUGACCCUGAGGUACAAUAGCUUGACCUUGAGGCAUGCCUAUAUAUCGGGGUAAUGAAAGGGUUAUAGGUUAUUUGGUGCAUGAUUACGGUUGCUGGUGCAACCACACUGGGCAAUUAAAUACUAGGGUUAAUCAAUGAUUACAUUGUGUGGGUUAUUUAAACAAACAUUGGAAUUCCAUUAUUUUUCAAAAAAAAAAAAGAAAAAAAUCCUUCAUUCUUGUUAUUUCUAUUAUUAGAUAGAACAUAUUUAAAAAAAAAAAAAGACAAAUUGUAGGAGAGGUGCACGAAGAACAAAUGCUUUAUAUGUUUGCAUGACAUCAAAGAAGUCGGAUACGGAAACAAAUAUUACUUUGGAAAGUGCCUUGUUAAGGAUCGGCCAAUUUUUCAAUAAUCUGUUAUAAAUCAAAUAAAAAAUAAAUGCUUUCAGUUAUAAAAGACAAUUCUUAAUGGAUUACUGUGUUCUAGUUCCGUGUGCAUGGGUUUGUUGAUGGUUGAGCCGAGAUACUAUUGUAGUUGAAUACUAACAUAUAAACAAAGGUCAGUGUGGAACCAAACUGACCAAGUAACAUUAACUCGUGUUUAAUUGUAUGCCAAGCUUUCCAGAAAACUAGGAUGGACAGCCACUUUGAUCUCUGUCAUGUCAAAGUUUGUGGUCUGUGUCAUGCACAUGCUUUAAUCUGUGGCCAUAAUGUUUCUCUGUUAAUUAUCUGUGUGUUGUUUUCUAUAGCUUGACUAUCCAAAGAUAUCAAAUGAUACACAUGUAGGAGCAGUUCUCUUUAGAUAAGUUACGGUACAUAGGAGUGACAAAAUGAAGACGAAGGAACACUUUUGAAUCUCUAUGAUAAUCACAACACUGACUAUACAUUUAUCUACCAGUAAUUUUGUGCAGUAAGUUGUUGCUGCCUGAGAUAUCCUAUGUUACAGGAUGUAUGAUCAUUGUUAUGAGAAAUCCUAUGUUGUUUUAUGUGACCUCAUCAUCCUUUAAAGAUGUUUCACAGUUUGAAUGUGUCAUUUAAACUUCUGUUUUUACGUAUAAUUUGAGUUCUGAUUUAUCUAUCAUACUGAUUGGAUCCCGUAUUGUGUGAUUUCAUACCUAUUCACUGUGAUAUAGAUAAUAGCAUGAUACACUGAUAUAGCACACAGUACAGUGUACAGUAAUCACAGUACAGUGUACAGUAAUCAUAGUACAGUGUACAGUAAUGAUUGGGAUCCUUCACCUGUAGCUGGAUAGGUCCCAAUUAUUUCUGAUAAUUUGAAUUGACUGAGCUCCAUGAAUAAUACCCAGUCACACAAACUUUAUGUUAAUUCAUAAAACUCUGAUCUCAAUAUAAAUUUCACAAUUUUAAUUUUUGAAUAUAUUGUUUUCAAUUCACCAAAUGUUUAUGUCUUUAAGUCUGACUUUUUUUUGGGGGGAAGGGAUGUAUGACCUCUAGUCCUAUUUUAAAAUUGUUUGGGUCUGGUGUGACAUGGGAAUGAGGAACUGUGUGUAUUACACUGUUGUUAUAGCAUUAUACAUGUGUAGCGACUAGAACAAAUGCAUGCUGCCUGUUCUAUGACUGUCUAUGAAUGAUUAAACUACUUAAAUUUCAAUAUUUGACAAGUGUGUAUAGGGGAGCAUCUGAAAUUCAAUAUGUAGAACUUUCUUUUUCAAAAAUGGGGUACAUGUAUAUUGAAAUAAAGAAAGUGAUGUUUAGGUAUGAAAUAAUUUUAAAGUAUUGAUUUUAUCACAGAGACAGUCCUUAUCAAAUCAUGGGCUUUUUUUUAACUAUUCUUCGUUACUGAUCUAAUUUUGUUUCUUGUUAAUAGAAAUGUGUUUGCAAAGCAAACAUUAAUAAAUCAGUAAAAGGCCAUAUCUAACUUGGUGUUUACAUACGCAAAUGAUACAGGAAGCCAAAGAAAUUGGAGCAAACAUUUUACCAAGUUAGGUCUUUGUAAAUAUUGUCAGGAAAAUUUCUAUUCAAAAUGAUUUGCUUUUGUUUGAAUGCUACAUGUACCAUACUGUGUUAUAUUGUGAAAGUUGUGUGUCAGUGUAAUUAAAAUGAUUAUUUAUGGUUCGAAUCUCAUCCUGUUCAUUUAAAAGUUUCAUACUUGUGACCUUGACCUCCUUCAGUUUAUAUUAUAUAUAGACUUGAAUCAUUACCAUUAAUAUCAUAGUAUUAUAAUUUAAGCAGAGUUAAACCCUGUGGGUGUUCUUCAGCAGUACUUUCGAUGAGAGUAGUUAAGUCAGCCUCGUCUAGAAUAACUUUUGUCAUUUUUACACCAUCAAACAAAAGGAGUGUGAAAAAUAAUCGAGAAAUGGUGUUCUCGACACAAGGACAGUAACAUUACUGUCAAAAACUCUUGCCCAAGAGCCGAAUAUGCAUAUAUUUGUACCAUUGUAAGGAAAAUGUAAAAUGAUGAAUUUCUGUUUUCCACAUAUACCUGUUGAUAUGUUGAUAUAGAUUAGCAUCUAGGAGGCCACCUGGGUCGUUACAAAAUAUCAAUAUCAUCUUGUCUACAAACAAAAUGUUUGUUGUAUACCUGGAAAUAUUCCAGGUGUGUUUCCAAACCUCAUUUACAUGUUCUGUUCUGUAAUGUCGUUACAUAUUGAGGACGUAUCCCCCUAAGGUGGGCACAACCUAUAAAACAUUCUACUUUCAUCAUUGGGUACAACAUAUAUACAUUGUAGUUAAAUGUCUGCUUAAAUUUGACUCACCUGAAUGUGUAAUUUACCUGUAAUUAAGGUUUGAGGCCUCUACAACCCGUCACAUGCCCGUUACCAGUGAAAUGUAUCAUAUCAAUAUUUUCAUUUGUAUUUAUCUUUUAACUUUUAAUGUAAGACCAAUUGCUGUGGCCUGUAUUUGUUUUUUAUGAUCAGAAUCAGCCAGAAGCAUGAUUAUUUGUGAUAGGUUGAAGGAAUUCUUGAUUGAAUUGUUUUCCUAUAACUGGUUAUUUCCAAAGCUUGUACAUGUUUGAGAUCUUAUUUCCAAAUUCUUAUUGAUUGUAUUCAGUCAAAAAUAGAGCUUUAGCAUUUUUUGGUGUGCUGCAAAUUUUGCAGACUAAUUCUUUGUUUAUUUAUGUACUAGGUUCAGAUUUAAAUAUGAUGUAUGUGAAACUUAAUGCAAAGAUUUAAGAUAAGGCUAUGAAAAAGCUAGAAAUUAGAAAAAUAAAUCAUUUAUUUGUGCACUGAAGAAUGGUUCAAUAUUCAGCCAGACUGAAUCUCACCCAUGUCUGCCAAACAAUUAUCAAUUUAAAGAAAUCGGCCUAUCCUUGAGUAAUUAUAUUGGGUGUGCCGAGAACAGCCACCAUUAUCACUGCUAAACUUCGGUAGUGUGAUAGUUGACAUGAUAAAAGAAGUAUAUAUGUUGUAACAACAUUUCACUACUCUCCAGACUCUGUCCAGGAAUACCGUAGAAACUGUAACGAUGAACAUCCUGUUUAGAGAGUGUGUGGUCUAUCAACACAGGGUAGGGGAUCACUAGAGGAUAAUGAGGUGGAUCAGAGGUUAAUUUAGGGGAAGUAACCCAAGUUGACAAAAAAACAAUUCCAGUUAUUAAAGUCAUGGACCUAUGCUGUAUAUCACUAAACAUUUGACUUUAUCAUACAAAAACUUUGGUACAUCAAUGGCAUCAAAUCUAAGUUCAACGAUCCCUGAUAAAGCCAUGGUUCAGUGAUCACAGAUAGAGUCGUGGUUCAGUGAUCACAGAUAAAGCCAUGGUUCAGUGAUCACAGAUAGAGUCGUGGUUCACUAAUCACAGAUAGAGUCGUGGUUCAGUGAUCACA